ACGCGCCUGCUUUUUGAGGACUGUUAUCAGAACAUUUUUUUUUUACAUCGUGAUUUUUCUUUGAAAUUGGUCUUCUCGAUGACACUGUACAAGAAUUGAUCGUCGUCAUAGAAAGAAGUUUUGUAGAUAACGUCCGAAAAUGUGGAAAUUAAUGCAAUAUAGGCAUUAUUUCAGUACAUAUCACUUUGUAAACUUCAUUUUAUCAUCCUCAUUUGUGGUACUGAGAGUUGUGAGGCCAUUUUGUACCAUUUUCCCGGAAAAUGAGGAUAGCGAGGAAUGCACUUUCUCCUGGAAUGAGUCUAAUAUUCUCCUCUUCCUUGCCUGUACCAUCGCCAUCAAGAACAGGAAAAGACCACCUUUGAGGGAGAUUCUGGUCAAGAUUUUCAUGUUCUUCAAGGUUGCAAAUACAAUUCUGUUCUUUAUGACUGACCCUCGACUUGCUAUUAUAUUUGCUGCUGUUUGUAUUGGAUGUAUGGUUGUUUUUCCAGAGCCAGCCUACAUUGGACCACAGGAUAUUGUUUACUUCAAAGGAGAUGCUUUGGAGGAUGAACUGAAAAACAAUCCCCGGACAACCUGGAUAGUAGAGUUCAUAGCUACAUGGUCAGCCAGCUGCCAUAACAUUGCACCAACAUUUGCAGAACUCUCAACUAAAUAUGCCCACAACCAUCUCAAAUUUGGAAAGCUGGAUGUAGGGAGAUAUCCUGAAAUUGCUGAAAUAUUCCAAGUUGAUUGUUCAUCUCUUUCCAAACAACUUCCAACAAUAGUCUUGUUUCAAGGAGGUAAGGAGGUAAUGAGAAAACCAGGACGGAACAAGAACGGCCAGACUGUCAAGUAUGAGUUCAAAAAGGAGAAUAUAAUCCGUGAUUUCAACCUAGAUGGACUGUUUGCGAGCACUAAGAGUAAAUCACAGAAGAAAGCAGAUAAACAAGAAGCCAAAGUCCUAGAACAGGAGAAAAAAGAUAAUUAACCCUUUGAUUACCAACCAAGAGGUAGAGUUUACCAGUUGGGGUUGGGAUCCAGGUGGUCCCUGUACAAGGUCUAUAUGGGAAUUGGAGAAUUCAGGAGCCAAAGGGUUAAUAGACGAUGCUUAUUUCAAAGAGCUGGAUUCACAAGAGAGAUGACAUAUGAGUAAACAAGCACACAUAACCCAUGCGAACACUUAAUGAACACCUGUACUCCUGUAGUUUAAAUCAUAUUUAAUGAGCACUCACUUAACCCUUUGGAGACUGAGUCUGCAUAUAUGCGAGCUGAGGUCUAUUGGAAAUGGGUGUUAUAUAACUAGCAUGAUCAGCCAGUCUCCAACAGAUUACAAGUUCAAGGAGAGGGUUUAAAUCUUUUUGAACAUUGCCCAAGCUAUCUCUCACUAGAUGAUUGUACUUUCUACUUUGAGAAAGUCAGAAGUACAAUUUUGUAUUCAUAAAAUUUUCCUGAAAUUGCAGAUUUAUGUAAUUGUAUUUCAUUAGCCCUAUGUUAUUUUCUUCUUGCCAAUUCACUCAAGAUUAAAGCUAGCUAUAAUACUAAUAAUAUUUCGUAGUUCUUAGAUAUGUCACCCAAGAUGCUCCAUGUCAUCAUUCAGGAUCGAGCUUGAUUUUAGCGUCAUGACAUGUGUAGCUACCUUCUUUUGCUUCAAAAGAGUUCUCUACAGAAAUAAGGAGACUGUUUUCAGACAGUAUAAGGUUACCAGCAUUGCCAUAUUGUCAUUAUUUUUUUUUCUAAGCUGCCCUCCAUUUUGAACACCCCAGUGAUGAUGUGCUAUUCUUCUUCUAUUCCAUUCUACAACAAAACACAGCCAGAUGAUGUCUUGGUUGUAUCUUUCCAAUCUUCUGGAAUAUUCAUGGUUUCUAAUAAAUGGUAGUAGUUACCUACAUCAAAUAUGCAUAGUAAUGAUGAAACUGAUAAAGACAAAAUUGCUAACGGAUUUCAUUUAUAUUCUUUCUUAAAAGUAAUGACUGGCUGGAUAAAUCAAGUUGAUGUCAUCAUUCAUCCCCCAUAAGGAAUAUAAAAGAAAGGCAUUGAAUAUGUGUAUUGUUUUUUGGGGUCAAGAUGCAAAUGAUGGCUUUAAUUAUGUUAGGAAAUCAAAGUACCAUCAGGUAAUUCUCAUAUGUAAUCUUUUUUAUUUAAAAUAAUUCGCAUGUUAGAUUCUGAAAGUUACAAUGGCCAUCAGGUUUUUGAAUGGAAUAAAUUAUGUACUAAUUAAUGCUUCUAAGGUUUUAUGAAAAUGUAACCAACAUCUGCAAGGCCCUGAUUUGUCACUUUUUUUCUUGAAUGAAAAAGAAACAAUCUGAUGAAAAAGAAAGAUUAUCAGGAUUUUAAGGUAUUAUGAAAUAUUUCUUUCAUUGUGUUUCAAUUUUAUAACAUUAAUGAAAUGUUUUGUAAAAAAAAAGAGAUAUGUAUGAAAUAGAAUUGUUUAAUUUUGGUGCUUGUUCUCUAAAGUGUAUUGCGUAUUAAUCAAUCAUAUGACAUGCUUUCUGCCAAAAGGUCUCAUCUGUCAUUGAUGUGAUGUAUAGCACAAAGAGCCUUCUUGCAGGGAACUAGUCAUAUUUUACAAUUGUGUUUAUUGAAACUGAAUUAAUAAUGCAGCAAUAAAACACCCGAAUUAAA